UUAAGAAGUCCUCAUUAUAACGAAGAGAAAAAAAAAUUAUUUGAAAAUCAUCGUACAUAGUUAAGCACAACUCUCUAAAUAGUACCAUAGAGAUAGAACUCAGUAUGGCAAAGGGUAAAAAUAAGACCUCGGAAGAGAGGUCCGGAAGUAAGGCCAGAACUUCAAAUGGUCAUAAGGCUAAACAGCAUCAUAUACGAAAAGGUAGACAAGAAGUUAGUGCCUCAUCACUCUCAUCUUCAAUAACUUCUACAGCUAAUGCGAAGUUCCCUGCCAAACUUGCAAUGUGGGAUUUUGAUCAUUGUGACCCUAAAAGAUGUAGUGGGAAGAAAUUGGAAAGAUUAGGAUUAAUUAAAAACCUUCGGGUUGGACAAAAAUUUGCUGGAAUUAUUGUAUCACCUAAUGGUAAAUCAAUAGUUUGUCCUAAUGAUUUAGAAAUCGUAGAAGAAAAUGGAGCAGCUGUAGUUGAAUGUUCAUGGGCAAGAUUAGAUGAAGUUCCAUUCAAUAAAAUUGGAGGUAAACAUGAACGUUUAUUACCAUAUUUGGUGGCAGCCAACCCUGUAAAUUAUGGAAGACCAUGGAGAUUAAAUUGUGUUGAAGCAUUAGCUGCAUGUUUUGCCAUUGUUGGACAUCUUGAUUGGGCAGAAAUGUUAUUGGAAAACUUUUCAUGGGGAUUAACUUUCUUAAAGAUUAAUGAAGAAUUAAUUCAAGUAUACCAAAAGUGUACAGAUUCCGAAUCCAUCACCAAAGCUCAAGAUGAAUGGUUAGAAAAAAUCGAGUUGGAAGCCAAGGAGAGGAAAGAAAAGGCACAUACUGAAGAUGUGUGGAUGAUGGGAAAUGUAAAUAGAAAAGAGAUUGGAAGUGAUGAAGAAGAUGAAGACGACGAUGAGGAAGAAGACGAUGAGGAAGAAGAUGAUGAAGAAGAUAUAGAAUAUGACAACUUGGGUAAUAUAAUAUCCAAGUCUAAGAUUAACACCGCUAAUGAUUCUGAGGAAGAAGUAACAGAUCUGGAUGAAGAAGAUGGAUUUUAUGCGACUUUAUCGAAGAAAAUGGCUGGUAAAGAGCCUAAAUAUGAUUCCUUGGGAAAUCUUAUAGAAGACGAUGAAGAUGUUCUGGAGGAGGAUGAAUCAGAAGAAGAAGAAGUCCAGUAUGACAAGCUUGGUAAUAUAAUACCUCGUGAACAGUUGCAUAGUAAAUUAGAUAGUCUCACACUUUCUACGUAGAUAUUAUAUAGAUAUUUUAAUUUUGUACACAAUUUCGCAAAUAUUUUGCAGCUAUUUAUGUUUCUAGGAAGACACCCGCUAUAGUAAACAUCCAAUUCAUUUAACUAUCACUACUAAAUCGUAUACAAUUCAGUCACCCAAAUACCAGAAUGUCAAUAUCAGAUACGUUACACAGUGAAGGCUCACAAGCAUCAUCCAAAUCCUUAACUCAGCAAUUAGACGAUAUAGCCAAUGAAGCUUCGUUUUACACGCCUCUUGAAACACCAACUGAACAGAGAUCAACUUAUUCACAAGAUGAGAGCUUAACAUAUAGUCCUUUUAAUACAGUAAAUAGUACUGGAGAUACAACUGCUCAAUGUAUA